GAGGUAUUACAGGUUAUUAAUAUACUUGUAACAUACAAGAUAAACUCUGUGUAGAACAUCAGAUUUCACUGUAUGCUGUGAAGACUGUUAUCUUUCUGCCACUGAAGUGCCUGUGAAUGAUCGACUGCUUAGUUCUGGUUGUAAUCUUGUGCUGGGUUUAUUUCAUUGUUUGUUUGUUUUUUGCUGUAGGAGACAUGUAUAUUGCUACCUAGAGAGUGCUUUGUAUUGAAAUUUGGGGCAGUUCGAUCUCCAGCAGUUUGGUAAGUUUCCAUGCAGAAUGUCUACGUAACAGAAUCCCCAUCUUUCUAAUGUCCGUAUUGUUCUUAUUUUUCCCCUUCUAUUCUUAGUUUAUCCCUUGUCCCUGCUCCUUUUCAAUUUCCAUGGUAACAGGUAUUUGGGUGCAAAAAAAACCAAAUAGUGCAUGUUCGAUUUCACCUUCUGUUCUCACUUUACGGAUGUUGUAUAUUUUGCAGGAUCCUUAUUUCUCCACGAAUCAGAUAAUACGAGUGAUAUGACCUUAAGAUAUUUUUCCAUGUUCUCACUAUGCUUCGAUUCAGCAUGUUAACUAUUUGUUUAUUUUAUACUUGACAAUUCUUGUUAUCGUCUGUUUAUUAAAUGUGCCACAAUUGUGCUUGUCUCAGAGAGGUUUUGUUGGACUGAAGUUUGGAUAAUGUUGUGUUUUUAUGUCCUGACUCCAUGAUCAGGUCUAAGUAUUAGUUCUGUGAGCCUUUAUACAUUAGGCAAUCUAUAACUCAACAAGCGAUAUUGCUGAGUAAAUAUGGUUGAGAUCAGUUCUUUAUGGCUGUGUUCUAUAAAACUAUUUAAAUAUUUUUGUUCAAACGUUUUGUAAGGGACACUGCACUGCCCAAAUACAAAAUGUAAAAUCACUAUUUAGUAGACAUACCACCAAUGAAAACAUGCAUACAUCUUAUUAUUCAAUUUAUUUUUUAUUAGAGGUGUAUCUAAAAACAGCUUUCAAUAGCUGCACAUCUCUUGACCGCAGCCUUUUCUAGCCCUGUUCUGUUUUAACACCUCCCAGACAUUCUGUGGCUGUCCAAUCACAGAUUUCCCAAUGCAGCUCAAUGAGAAGUUUUUACAAGGCAGGUGCUCUGGGCAAGUGAUGUCUCUUCAGUUUAGUUAAACCAACCAGGAAAUAAUAUGAUCGGUUUUGUGAUUAAUAGCCAGUGUAUCAGACAAAGUUAAUUUAGAAAAGUGGCAAAUUGUAUUGAAUUCCCUCAAUGCACUCUGGAAUUUACCUUUAAAUUUGUAAGCUGUACGUGCUGUAAAUAACUGCUGUUUUUUUCUUUAAGAAUAAAAUGGAUCGCAAGAGUCUGGCGCAAGAGGUGCGUCGAUGGGCAAUAGAGGAGAUGGGCCUUUCAGCGCAGAAGGCACCAAGCGAGGAGAUGCUGCAGAGGUGAGUAGAAGUGGUUUGUGUUGUGUGAGCGUUGUUCACAGCUAUUUUGUAAUUCUAUGUUCUACAUUAUUGUUUCAGACUCUUCAUUGGGCAGUGUGCAGACAUAUGGAAGUACAUUAUACGUCACGUCUUCAGCCAAGGGUGAGCUUACCUUCGGCGCCAUAGACAAGCGCCUUAAUCUGAGAUCUAAACAAUGUAUCUUCUUCCAGGUUAUUCAUCACUUUACCAGGCAUUUAAUCAUCGCAUAUUUAUUUAUCGUUUAUAGUUAUCUGCUGUAAGACUUCAUCAAUGUAUGUGAGCUUUCUGGCCGUGAGAGAGCGGUGUGCAUGUUUUAUAUGUGAAAAAUUUCCAAAGUAAAAAUUCUGUUGCAUUUAUGCAUAACAAAGAACAAAACUACAAUCUUUCCAUGAAUGUAACCGUUUUAAUAUAUGAAAUGUAAUGAUGCUUUGUGGGUUGCACAGUGCAUUCCCCCUUAUCUUAAAAAUGUUUGAAAUAUAUAAUAAUGCAUACCAGACUCUGCUAAGGGAUUUUAUUUAUUUUUUUUAAAUGAAAUUUCUUGUUUUGUUUAAAUUUAGGACGGUGAAGAAAAUAGAGGGGAAUCUGUUGUGGUAUCCUUUGAUCAACUGCUAAUGGUCUUCUGGCAUCCAUUUCACAUAGAUAAACUCUUGUUGUUUUAAAACUGGGGCUAUUGUGUAUUUUUCAUUGUCCUCCCUAACCCCACAAAGGUCUGUACCCUAGGAUUAUAUCUGUUCUCUAUUGCUGGAAUUCCCAGCACAUUGUGGAGCAAUCAAAUAAAAAAAAGAUGGUGUUUAAAAUAAAAUCUAUAAUGUUCUUAAAUAGUGGCUUGCGUGAAAUAACCUGGCUGUAAGAUGGGGGGGGAGGAUUUAUUUACAUUUAAAAUCCGAAGUAAACUUAAUAAAUGAAAGUAACCCAAUAUUUAGAUAUAUCCUGCUACAUUCCGAUGCAUGUUCCUCAAUCAAUAACCGUCUGCUCUUUGUGACAUCAUCUGUUGCGUCCUUAUGUGGACGUGUCUACUGCGUGUGUCCUCUUUCAUUCCGGUCAGUACCAGGGCACCAGAGAAUUCAAAAUGACACACCUACUAGACAUGCCCACAUAAUUGUCACUAGCAUUUAUUAAUAUUUUUAUAUUGGGUGGGGGGAGAUGGAGAUUGAAAGAAAUUUCUUUAAUUUUUGGUCUGCUUUUCCCCCACAAAACAAAAUAAGUAGAUCUGUUGAUGAAGUGAAUUGGGGGAAAACUAGGGCCAAGAAGAUUUGAGAUGACUUGAGUCUGCAAUUGACUUUCCAGGUGUGGGGUACAUGUUCCUGUAUUAGAUGGCAUUGCUUUGUAUGACUUCUCCAGUGUUAAAUAACCCUCCACUUGUCCUAGUCAGUGUCCAGCCAUCUCUUCCUUAACUCUGAGCGCAGGUACCAGCAGCUGCAACAAUCAGAGGUAAGUGGUCUUUUGUUUUUGUCCCCCGCACCCACCCCUUUAUUCUUUCUGCUUGUUUACCAUUAAAGGGGUCUUGUGGUUUAGGAUAUCUGAACCCAAGGGGUGUCUGCUUGCAUGAAGUAAGUGUGUACGGCUUGAUGUUUUGUUUUCUCCAUGAAUUGGUGUGAUGGCACAGUGUGGGCUUUUCUUUCUGUAGAUAGGACCAGGUUAGUAAUAAUUAAGUGGUGGGAACACCAUCCUGUGACUGUGUGGUUAUGUUGUCUCUGAGAUUUUUGCAAAGUGGCAAUUUGUGUCAUCAAUGGAAGAGAACUGUGUUAGCGUUUUACCUGCAUUGCUUGGUGGUACUAGCGGGUCUUGCUGUGAGUGCUAGGGGUGGCUGUUGAUAUUGCUGUGCACUCUGUAUAAUGGGUAGUUUCACCUCCUUCACUGGGAGAUUGACCCUGUUUUUAUUUUUUCCUGUUUAAAGACACAGAGAUCGGCAGAGGAGGAGCAGCGUCAGCGCAGGAAGCAGCUUUGCCAGCAGAUACUGGAUCUUCGCUCAGAGCUGCAACAUCUGCAGGAGCAAAUUCGCUGCUCAGAGCAGGAGAUCGCCUGCUGCAGUGAGCACAUUCUUGUUUCGGGGCAGAGUCAUAAUAAAUAAUAUAAGUUCUAGAAGGUUUUUUUUUUUUUUUUUUAAAGGGCCAUUGUAGGCACUGUAACUGCUUAUCUUAAUGUAGUGGUUGUUUCUGCAGUGAUAUUUUACUAUUUGUUUGGUUCAGAGUUAUGCUGUUAUCAAUGGUUUAAUGAUGAAUAAAAGUCUCCAUCACCUAUCCCCGCUUUGCUGGGAUAAUGAGGCAGCAAUGGGCAUCUGUGAUUGGAAGAGAGUGUCAGCUGACUUCCUUUCAGCCUAUCACAGUACCCAUUGCUGGUAAAAAUUGGUAUGACAAAGGAAUUGUUUAAUCUCUGCUUUAUCAAGUGGGGCAGAGUUAUGGGAAGUGUUAAACUGUUCGAAACUAAUUUAGCACUGAAUGGAGGGACAGCUCCAGGGGACUCCAGGCACAAUCACCAUUUAAAUGAGAAAAAAUGGUUAAAGUGCCUACAGUGUUCCUUUAAACUCCAAAUGUCAUGGCACUUUGCAGGAGAUUAAAAUGUUUAUUUAUUUUUUCAGAUUUGAGUAGUGAGCGUUCCCAGGAUAUUUGUCGCCGGGCAAUGCUGCUACACGCUUUCAAAGAAAAGAAAGACAUUGAAAUCGACUUCUUUAACAGCAGCUUUUUCCCAUUACUAGUCCGCAAUACGCACCUGCAGAACGUCAGCCGGUGAGAAAACCACCCAAUAUAACUAGCUGUAACCUGACAUGUUUUCCACUUUAAAGGGACAUGCAUCACUUUGAGAAAACUUUCAAAAGCUGCAGGCUAAACAAAAAAAGCAGACAAAUAUAUUUACCUGCUUCUUCUUUCUUAUGUUUUCCACACCCACUCCGGGGGGACUGACCAGUCAGUGUCCUAUCCCUAGGAAUGCUGUAUAAGUGCAAUGGGCAUGGCUGACAGAUUUACACAUGUGCAGUUGGGAGAUUUCUUCACCUUCUAACAUCCUGACAGAGGGAGAAGAGAAUGGCGUUUGAUCAGCGUGAUCAUGCAGAGCAGGUUCUGGUGUUGGUUUCUGUCUCCUGCUGCUGCACAAUGAUCACCUGUUUCUGUCAUUAGUGGGCUGGGAUGGGGAUAAGCAGAAGGAAAGGUGUAGAGCAGGGACAGGCAACCUUCAGCACUCCAAAUGUUGUGGACUACAUCCCCAUAAUGCUGGCAAAGCAACAUGGAAGGUGAAGUCCAAAACAUCCAGAGUGCCGAAGGUUGCCUAUGCCUGGUCUAGAGCAAAGAAACGUCCUUGAUAAGAGGCGUGCCCAAUAAGUUGGUUCCAAGACAACUUGUCACAGACUUUUCAAAUACUUUAAAGACACAGUGAAAAAAGAUAGCGGGUCUUUUAAGACAUGAGCCACACGAUAAAAAGUGUAAAAGGCCGAAUUCUUCAUCACAUUCAGACCUCUCCUCCGGAGAAUGUUCCAGCUCUUCUUUCUCAGAACGCUGUAGCCUAGAGUCCAGUGUGGACAAAGGUUUUCCGGCACAGGAAUUAGAGGUUUAUUAAGGAAGUGUCUGCUGUGGUUCAGGAUGUGGAACCCUCAAGCAGUAAAGUGAAUGUUUUCCCACAGAUCCCAGAGUUCUGGAAAAACACAGAGAGACAAGCUUUUAUUUCCAAACUUUUUUAAACAAAUCUUCAGGCUACAGACCGAAGAUAGAUGGGAAGAUCUCCCUGAGGUGGAUAUACAGGUGACAGUUGCCCAAGAAAACGACUAUUCCUAUAGAAGUUUCGGAUCUAAAAGAACCCACGGACAAGUGUGCAGAGAUUUCCUGUACAUGGGCAUACCAGGUGGCUGGCUACCAAUGCAAAACGGCUAUUGCAGGGGCAGCGGUAGUUGAAGCUCAAAAUCUCUGGCUCCAGUCCUUAGAUUUGAUUGUGGAUAAUACAAAUAAGGACCUGUCUCAUUUAUUCGACCAUAUGCGGUUCUCAAAUGAUUUUUUUUGCAGUCUAUGACUGCAGAGAUGUUAAACCUGUCAGCCCGCAUCAUGGCUUUAUCUUCAGUAGCCCGCAGGGCUUUAUGGCUGAGAACAUGGACGGCAGACACGGCUUCAAUAGCUGUUUUAUGUGAACUGCCUUUUGAGAGGAAUAAAUUAUUUGGUUCCCAACUCAUAAAGCAGAUCGCGGACACCAAAAAAGCUCUCCCACAAGAUCACAGGGUGUCUGGAGAUAACAGAUGCAGAAGAUUUUAAAAAACCGAGGUCAGAGGCCUUUUUCGUGGCCAAGACAACUACAGGAAAUUUUGUAGACCUUUCAGAGCGGUCAAAAGAGAGUUCUUCUACAAACAAGAUGAGAAAAAGAGAUCUUUAUGCCAGAAGAGUAGGGGAUCAGCUCAGAUUCUUCAUUCCUCACUGGCAAGAAACAACUUCAAAUCAGUGGAUAUUGAAGACCAUGGAGGAGGGUUACAGAAUAAAAUUCUCCAAAGAUCCUGUCCCGGAAUUUCUGGUAUCAACUUGCCAGUCAAAAGAAAAAUCAGCAAGUCUGACCCUACCAGUAGAGAAACAAAAAAGAAUCAGGAAGGAAGUUACCAUACUACAGAAGACAUUCAUGCUCCAUAAGAGAGGCUAUGAGCGUUUUUAGGCCUUCUUACCUCUACCAUUCCCGCUGUGCAAUGGGCAAGUUACAAAAUCAGACCCUUACAGUGGACAUGGUCGAAAAGGGAGAAAGAUUUAGAUUCAGCAAUCAGUCCAUCAUCCAGGGUAAAGACACAGCUGCAGUGGUGGAAGAAAUCAAGAUUUUUAGACAUCGGUCUACCCUUUCCACAGACAAAUUGGAUCGUCAUUACCAUGUACGUAUAGAUAACAGGCUGGGGGGCACAUCUAAAUUUCAGCAGAGGAUAUGGUCUAUGGAAGAAGCUGCCCAGUCCUCAAAUUUCAGAGAGAUGAAAUCUGUUUGGAAUGCCCUUGUAGCUUUCAAACCACUUCUAAGGGAAACGUCUGUGAGGAUUGAGUUAGACAAUGUCUCCACUGUUGCAUACCUACAGACAAGGCAGUACGAAGGUGUUUAAUCUCCAGUCUCUUUGUUCAGAAAAUCAUGGUCUCAGGAAUAUCUAGAAUCAAUCUCAGCAACGUACAUCAAGGGAUCCGACAAUAAAACUGCGGACAAUCUAAGCCAACAGCGUUUAAUACAGUCGGACUGGUCUCUUCACCCUCUCGUCUUUGCGAAGCUGGUCAAGCACUUUGUUCUACCAGAUAUCGAUCUAAUGGCCACAAGAAGAAAUACGAAGGUUAAAAACUUGCUUCCAUUCGGAGAGCUAAUCCUCACAUCCUGGACGGGUUUUCAAUGCCAUGGAGGUUCAGCAUGGAGUAUCUUUUUCCCCCAGUAGCUUUAAGUGGGGACCAGGAUCUUGGCGAUUUAUUACAAAUUUUUUUUAUUUUUAAAAAAAAAUCAAACAGGAGCUGGUUCUCAGAGAUCAAUCAGAUGGCAUUAGAUCAUUGGGAACUCCCUUGUUUUGAGCAACCUUCUGGAAAAAAAACAAAUCUUCUGGUGGAGACCAUAAAGAUGUUCCGACUGACGGCAUGGUUGCUGCAAGGAUGAUCCUUAAAGCCCAGGGCGUGUCUGACAGUAUUAGUAAUAUUCUGCUGUCUAUCUGUGUUCGUUCGUUUUUGUUUAUUACAAGGAGGGAGCUACUGGCGUGCAGCUCCCUCCUUGUAAUAUGUAAAAAUAGAAGCGUCGGGGAGCUGUGCUCCCUGGUCAUCCCUCACUAUAUGGGGGUCCGUAUGGCAUAAAAGAGAUUGAAAUUUCCCGAAUGCCCCUACCCCCUAGCCUGUGGCUGUUUACUGAUGUAAAAAUCUAUAAAUAGUGAGCCUUACAGGUAAUCAGGUAAUGCUCACUAUUUACCUAUCAGAGCACUCUGAUUGGAUGGCUUAAACCAACCAGAGCGCUUGGAGUCAAAUUGCAGGGGGUGGGAAGGCUUUUUAAGACUUUUCCCGCCCUGCAGAGCUCAAUCUGCGUGGUGCCCUCACUGGGUGUCGAUGGAUUAUUUUUUUUGUGUGUUGGGAUUUAUUUUUCUUUCAGCAAAUUUAUAUAUUUUUUGGGCCUGGAAAAAAAGACUUCAAAUGGUAAGCAUUUAUUUACAGGUAUUUAGUUUUUGUCUUUCCCUCCGCCAACCUCACUAUAUUUAGGGUGAGGGGGGUAGUUAGGGCUUAAUUUUUAUUUUAUUUUUUUUGGGUGGGAGGUGACUAGGGCUUGGGGACCUCUAGUUACCUGGGGGGGAGGACAAUAGGUGAUUUUUGCCUUCCCCUCCAUUGUCUUUUAGGGUCCUGACCCGCCGCUCAUGGGCCAAGGGCUCCCCCGUUUAGUUGAACAGCCCCUGCUCGGGGGGAGGGGGGGGGGAAUAUGUCCCCUCUGCUAGUUAAUAGAUGCCCUACAAUGGGGCCAUUUAUUGGGAGGGGGGAGGUGCUUUAUUUAUUUUUUACAACGUGAGCAGCCCCAAAAAAGGCCAAAUAAAAAUCAAUAAAAAAGAACGCAAGAAGGAAAAAUAAAUCCUAAAGCUAAAAAAUUAUCUAUCUACACCCAGCGAGGGCACCACGCAGUCUGAGCUCCACAGGGCGAGGAAAGGCUUAUAAAGCCUUCCCACCCCCUGCAAUUUGACUCGGAGCGCUCUGGUUGGUUUAAGCCAUCCAAUCAAAGUGCUCUGAUAGGUAAAUAGUGAGCAUUGCCUGAUUGAUUACCUGCAAGGCUCACUAUUUAUUUAUAGAUUUUUUUUUUUAUUUUUUUUUUAAUUUUACAUCAGUAAACAGCCACAGGCUGCUCACUGUUUAGUAUACAUGCCCCUAUUGUAUAGCGAGUAGGGGCAGAUUAUUUACUAAUACUAAGUAAUCUUUACUUCGUAUUAGUAAAGUUGGCUGAAAGACCGAUUUUAGGUCUUCCAGCCUUUUGGUAGAUAGCUCCCUAAUUCCCACAGUAUUAGGGAGCUAUCUACUAAGCAGCUGCAAGAUUCAGCUACAGCACUAAUCAGAAUUCCAUUCAUUCUAAUAUAAUUUUGAACUGAACUAAAAGUACUGAAUGUUGUCUUAACAUGAAUGAACAAACUGUUCUCAUUCUGUUAGGUCGGUAGUUUCGCGAGAUCACGUAGGAAAGGGUGAGUAUUGCGGGAAAACUUCGGACCCAUAGGAAGUGGGUCAGAGCGGUCCCUACUUUGUCUUAUGUUUUAAAGAAAACUAGAUAGGAAGAAAUAAAGAACAGAUCCCGAGAGGAGAGAAAAGGAAUUGUUUGGGGAAAGGUAAGUUCCGCAUGGCAGUGCCGCUUUAAUAUAUUUGUUUUAAAGUAUCAUCAAGUCAAGUGAUGCAUGUCCCUUUAAUUGGGUUUUAACUUCACAUUCUGUAGCUGCUCUGUUCAUACUGUUUAGGUUUCUUUGUUUUUAGGAAUAAAUUGGAGUGUCAUUAUAUUGAAAGUGUGUAAUUCAUUCUGCAUGGCAAGGAGCAAACUUUGGAUUAGGCUUUAUUGCAGCUCCCACUUUCUCAGUUAAAGGGGUCGGAGCUGUUGGCUGGACACUGUGAGGUUUGAAGUUUGUGGCCGUACAGAGCUCCGUAAAAUGAAGUUGUGCAAAGUAUUGUUUGUUUUUUUUUUUCGGCAGAUCAUCUCAGAGACCCGUGCAUUUUGGCCCAGCCGAUGGUGGGGAAGAGAACAAUUUCCACCUGGAGUCUGGAGUCCUGGUAUGAAUCUAUCUAUAUAUCUGUCUAUGUAUAAUAUGUCUGUCUAUCCACACAUACCAAUUUUCACUGUAACUGUUUGUACCAGAAAGAAGUGCGAGAAACCUGCAAUGGCCGGUUUGCCUUCCUGCGCUCUGUUCAUGGCGAUGCUCUCAGAAAUUCAAUAUUGUGAGUGUUAAUUCUCUCUAUUGUCUCUUGCUUUUGUCUUUAUCCCUUUCAUUGAUCUAACCAUCAUGUCUGCCCUCAGAGACCGAGAACAUGCACUUGACGAGGCACAUGAGGUGUGGAAGAGUGAAUCACAGGUGAGUGCAGUCAGGGCUGACAUCAGAAAUGUUUUGAGUCCCAGCAGUUAGUGUCCCAUUAAAGAUGCAGGUUUGGUGUAUAGAUCAUGGCCCCUGCAGCGUCACCACUCAGUCCUGACAUUUAGUAGUUUAAAUCACUUUUUUCGGCAGCCCUAGUCACACCUCUCUCCUGGCUAUGAUUCACACAGCUUUCUUACAUACUUCCUGAAAGUCUAUAUUUUAGCUUUCCUAAUUGCACAGUGUUUAAGUGUGUCUUAUCUAACGCUCUGUUAAUCGCAUGCUAGCACCUGCAACAUCACCCUAUGUGUAAUUAACGUUCAAUUAACACAGUAGGAGUUAAUAACUUCUAAAGUUAACACACUGUGUUGUAAGAUCUGAUUGAAAAAUCAAACCUUUUUUAGUAUGCAAGCGGUGUCAGUCACAGCCAGGGGAGGUGUGCAUCUAUACGCUAAAACUUUGGUGAAGGAAACAAAUUUCUUAUAGUUUUUCUUAUUCAAAAGGUAUUUAUUGUAAAUUUACAGAAAGUAUGGUGCACACGUGCCCCCAAUCAUGUCCUGGCAGCUCUAAAACACUAUGCUGUAGAAACCACUAAUGAUCUCCGGAAACUCCAGAAAUCGUCUGCACGUCCUACACUUGUCGUUCAUGUUUCCAUCCCAAAUAAUGAGGACGAUGACGACGACGAUGAGGUUAACGAUGAUGAUGUUCAGGCGGUAAAAGAUUUUUUGAAAGGAUGUCAACAGACCAGGUGGAUUCAUAUUAUCUUAUUGUUUGUUUUUUGAUGCCUGCCAAUGGCCCCACUCAAAAAAAAUAAUAAUAAUAAAAUGUAGUUGUAUUAGUAUUUGAAUAUGUAAGCAAUCUUAUGGUAAAUAGUUCAUAAAUUUUAUAUGGCCCCUGGCAAUUGCACCUAUCGGCAGCUAACUUCGGCUGUAUAAUACGGAAAAGGGUCUAAUCCAUCUCUUCUAUUCUCUCUCUCCCUAUUACCUCUCUUGCACAGACAAGAAAACCUACCUUCCUUCCAACGACUAUUACAAGUAAGCCUUAGGAGUUUUGUUUAUUUACAUCGUUUUAUAAUAAAUCCAUGUUUUUAGAGGUCACUCCCUUCCCCAGCAUGCUAACAUUGUGUUGUCGCACCUUUUUUUUCUUUUAGACUUUUUUUAUAAUUUUGCUGAAACUCCCAAAAUAGUUUAUACGUAGACCUCAUCUUUUUGACAGCCAUCUUACUGUUCUUGAUGUGUUUGUUCUGUGCCCACAGGAAGGAUGGGAAGACUGUGCUAGGGUCACGUCGGACUUGCACCUCGUUCAACAUCGUAUUGAGAAUCUGUCUGAGAGCUUGUCAUCUGUGAUACAAGAGAUACACAAACACCUGUCUGAAGGCGGUGAAAUCACUGCUCUUACCAGGUACACAGGAGAAGCGUCCUCUGGCACCCUAUUUAAAUAUAUAACCCAUAAGAUGGGGAAAGAUAGAAGGGAAUUUUCAGGUUUUUUUCCCUCCAGAUUAGAUGCGGUGCACUACAACAGGGAUUUCCUCUGUGGAUCAGAAAGGCAGACAUGCAACACAUUUUUAAUCCUGUAGACUCCUCCUCCUCCUAUAGGUAUAAAACCACCUGGAACCCCAAAACCCCAGUUCUCUGCGUGCCUUCGGCAGGGUAGGAUGCACUUUACUUGGACAUGGUGAGUUGGUAGAUUCCAGGUAAGGCUCUGUCCUUAGGUGUCCUCUGGGCAAAUUCUGUCCCUUCUUUUUUUUUUUUUUUGUGUGGUGGAACGCAAGCUUGGGUGCCAGCGUUCCACAGGGUUUUAUACCGCCGAGUGUGGUGCCAGAAAUGGCGAAGGUGUGCAUGCUGGAAAGCAUCGCAUAGGUUUCGUUCCAUCUAGAGAUCACAGAGCGCUCUGCGCACGUGCGAAGCAAUCUCUUAUAAAUCAAGCACGAAAAUUUUAAAAACUUGCAUUCUAGGACCUGAGAACUACAUUACCCAGCAGCAACUCCCUGCUUGCCAGGUGCUCGCAUUCCUGUUACAAUGUGCUCUCACCUGCCCUCAGCACAUUCAAGGCCAUUAAGGUAAAACUGCUUUUCUCCUUAAUGUUUCUUGCCUGAUUCAAUUUCUAUUUUAUUAUAGAUUAUAAUAAAUUAAAAAAAAAAAUGUUUUUCUUUUCUCUUCCACUAUGUCUAACUUAGAGCAGACAGAUAAACCUGGAGAAAAAUUUGAUGUGUGCAACUUGUUCACAGCCUUUCACAGACGGCUACAAAAAGAAAACAUGUGGUAAUUGCUAUAUAGAUGCUUCAGAGGAAGCUAAAAAGACGGAGGUUUUGUCUCUCGUGUCAUGGUUCCAGAAUAGCCUGCAGCAAACUUUGGUGCCGUUAAAAGAAGCUGCUCUGUUAUCAGCCCAGUCUGCCAUUCAGUCCAACCAUAAGAAAAGAGCCAAACCAGGUUUUCCUCCAUCUAAAAGGAAGAAGUCGGGUUGGGAAAUUCCGGAAAUGAGCUCUGAAUCAUCUUCUGAUGAGUAGAGUAAUCUUCCAAAGAUUCCAGUGCUUCCUCUGGCUAGGAAUACUGCUUUCAGGAACAGUAUCUAUCUGCAUAAACUUCAAGGAAGUCUAUAUCCUCAUGGAUUUGGAGACUUCUCCUUAAGGUUUGCAGGAAAAGAGAAAGCUUAAGUAUUUUCCUAUUCACCCUUCUGUACAGCAGUUGAUGCUUAGAAACUGGAGACUGGCCAAGAAAGCUUUUAGUAUCCAAGCAUUUAAACAUACCUGAUAAGCAACCAGAGACCAUUCCUAAAGUGGAUAUACCAAUAGGUUAACAAAUUUAAACCUAUUUAGUUUAGAAAAACGUCGCCUGAGAGGGGAUAUGAUAACAUUAUACAAAUAUAUUCGGGGCCAAUACAAACCAUUGUGUGGAAAUCUAUUCACAAACCGGACUUUACAUGGGACACGAGGCCAUGCGUUUAGACUGGAAGAAAGAAGAUUUCGUCUAAGGCAAAGGAAAGGUUUUUUUACUGUAAGAACAAUCAGGAUGUGGAAUUCUCUGCCUGAGGAAGUGGUUUUAUCAGAGUCCAUACAGAUGUUCAAACGGCUACUAGAUGCAUACUUGCAAGAACAGAAUAUUCAAGGAUAUAAUCUUUCAAUGUAGGGUAAUAACUGCUUGAUCCAAGGAUAAAUCUGACUGCCAUUCUGGGGUCAAGAAGGAAUUUUUUUCCUAGCUUGUUGCAAAAUUGUGCUUCAAACUGGGUUUUUUUGCCUUCUUUUGGAUCAACAGCAAAAAACAAAUGUGAGGAAGGCUGAACUUGAUGGACGCAAGUCUCUUUUCAGCUAUGUAACUAUGUAACUAUGUAAUAGCAUAGCUGCCUAUUGGGGAUUCCAGUGGGUUCCAGGAUUCGAUAGACAAACGAGCAGAAUCUAACUUAAAGAAGCUUUAUUCCACUGCAGUAGCCCAGAGUAAGGCUCUCAUUUCAGGUUGUUCAAGUAGCCAAAGCUCAAAGAUGUUGGCUGGAUACUUUGGAGAACGUUUAUAUGGGUGAAUCCAGAGAUCCUGUUUUUUGGGGUUUUUUUUUUUACUUUUGAGGUACGUGAAGAUGGCUGGGAAAUUUUUGGCUGACUCUUCAUCAGAAGCAGGGACAUUUUAAGCACAAAUGAUGGGGCUCUCUAAUGUCACCAGGUGUGCAGGAUGGCUCAGAAGUUGGUCAGCUGACAAUGCUUCUAAAAAUUCAUUGUGUGAUUUCCCCUAUGAACAAGGUACAUUCUUCAACAAAAACAGAUGUUCUUACAAAGGUUCCUUUCAUAGGUUCUCCUAUAAGAAGAAUCAAAGGCCAUUUUCCUUUCAGGAUAAGGGAAAGAGGAUCUUUCUAGGGAAAAAAAAAAGAUUAUGACUCCAUUCCAGUAGAUGGCAGACUUCUGUUAUUCAAAGCAGUAUGGCAGCAGACAGUUGGGUCUGGUCAGGGGUUUAAAGAGGUUACAGUAUACAACUUCUCAAAUUUCCUCCUUUGUUCAACAAUACAUUCCCCAGAUAUUGCUUCCGUUCUUCUCCAAGAGGUCUUAUGGCAGAAAAAAUGUGAUAGAAAUUUUACCAAAAGGAGAAGAAUUCAAAGGUCCUUAUUCAAGAAUAUUUUUGAUAAAUAGCCAGAUGGUACUUUUUAUCCAAUUCUAGAUUUAAAUUUCAUAAACCGGUUCAUGCUACAUAAAAUAUUUCGCAUGGAAAACCUCUUCUCUGCAUCACAUAAUUCGACCGGGUUCAUGGCUAUGUUCCAUCUAUAUGCAAGAUGCCUAUCUGCACAUACCCAUAGCAGCAAACGGCAGAAGGUUUUUAAGAUUUGCCAUACAAGAUCAGGAUCAGCUUCUGCAUUUCCAUUUCAGGGCCUUGACUUUAGCCUUCAGCUCCAAGACUCUUUUCCAAGUUACUCGUGGUUAUAACAUCAGAAUUGCGGAAAAAAGGUCUUCACAUCAUACCGUACCUGGAUGACUGGUUACUCCUAGUGUCUUCAGAGCUACAACUCUUAAAAGACAUCAGGAAGGCUACCAUCACCUUCCAAAAACAUGGUUGGAUUAUAAACAAGGACCAGUCCGCAUUAACCCCAUCUCGUUCUAUCCUUUUUCUGGGUCUCAUUUUAGACUCUAUUCAAAUGAAGAAUUUCCUUCCAGAGGAGACAAUAAACAAAAUAAAGGUCACUAUUAUCAGCUCACUGUUGUAGUGCACUGCCUCUAAUCUGGAGGGAAAAGUUUGAAUUUUUCUUACUGUAAAUGUCUUUUUUCUUAAGAUUCGAGGCAGUGCACAUACUUCUCACCCUAUUUAUUAAAGGUAUUUUUUUCAGUUAUUUUGGCUUUUGUAUUUUCUGGGGUUUUGGGGGUUUCAGGUGGUUUUUAUACGUAUAGGAGGAGUCUACAGGAUUCAAAGUUGGUUGGUUGCCUGCCUGCUUUUCCGAUCCAGAUUAGAGGAAAUCCCUGUUUUAGUACACUGCUUCUAAUCAUACGGAAAAAUACAUUUAUGGUAAGUAAAAUUAGAACUUUGUUAGACUUUCUACUACUAAUGCUGCUAACAAGAAAUGCCUUAAAAUUGUGUUCUUUGUGAUUGUGGGUCGUGCUUUGUGUCUAAUAUUUAAGAAGUUUGUGUGUGUUUUUUUUUGUUUUUUGUUUUUUUUUAACCUAUUCUCUUUUCGAAUUUCCAAAGAACUGCAUUUGACACAGAGCUCCGGGCUGUCCUUCUUCGUGGCUACCGAGAUGGCCUUUUGGGUGAAUGUAGGGAGCUUCAGGAAACAGUCAUAGAGAAGAAGAAUGAAGCAAAUGUCGUACAGAACAAGAAGAGGGAAGUGGAGGAGCAAAGCCAGCUGCUGGUCCGUAAACUAUUGCAAUUGGCUAACUGAGCACAAUGUACUCAUGAUAUCUGCCGAUGAAAGUAGCCUGUUUUUCUUUGUGUCUGCAGGAAAAGAAGCAAGCGUAUCUCCAGUCUCUGAUUAAAGAAAACUCUAAUGCUAGAGCCCACAUAAAGCGUAUGCAUCAGGAGGUAAGAAAACUGUGAGCAUGAGGGCUCCUAAAACCUGGUUCAUAGAAGCCAAGCCAGUUUAAGUAAUGUGUUUAGAAUUCUAGAAACCAUUUGAUGUUUAGUAAAUUAAGCAGAAAUGGCAGAUUAGAUGGAUUUGCUGCAAACACUGCAUUGUAUUUGUGGAGAUUUAGCUAUGUUAUUGUGUUACCAAAGUGAAUCACCCUUUGUUCAUUUAUUUUAUUUCUUUUUCCUUACUGACUUGACUUUAUGAUGGAAAUCUUAGUUUCCCACGUUGACCGAAGUGAUUUAUGUGGCAGUGAAUAUUGUAGCUCUCUGUACUGACCAGCAGAGGGCACUGACAAACUGAAAUCAGGCUAUGUACCUGUUGGAAUGCAGUCCCUGUCCACUGCAAUGAUCAUCCACUGACACCAAACCAGUAAUUGAUUUGAUCUAUACCUUUAACUCAGACUAGAUUAGUUAUUGUGGAGGCUUCAUGUUUUAUGCUUUCUUAACCUCUAACAUAGUGUCAUUUUAUAAUAAUGUCUGUUUUCUUGCUCCAUAAGGUGCGUCUCUUUAUCCAGAACAAGUUGUGUCCCUUCCCUCAGCAGCUUGUCCAUGAAACGGAGCGGCUGCGCGAUUACAUAAGCAAAGAGCUGAAACACUUCUCUGCGAUCUUCCUGCCGUCUUUCCAGAGGGUGUCAGUUGAGGGGUAAUGUCCUUGCAGCCUAAUAAUUAGACAGGGUUCUUAUUACCCUGGGGCAAAAUGUAUUUAAAAAAUAAAUAACAUGAGUGUGGAAUUGGUGUAAAUCACUCUCUAAGGAUUUGUUGUAAAAAUUCCCUCCCUCCCUCCCUUUUUUUUAAAUUUUUUUAUUUUUUUAUUUUUUUUUUUAAAUAAGGUACAUUUUUCACUUUUAUAAUCUGAACUUUCAUCAGGCCCUGCUUAUAAAACUGAAGCUUAUUUUGUUUUGUUUUCUUUUUUAUUCACUCAUUAAAAAAAAAAGUUGUUUAAUUUUUUACAGCAAAUCCUUACAGUGCCUUCUCUACAUAAAUUCUGCAUUAUUACUGUCUAGCAGCAUGCACAACAUUUUUGCUUCAGGAGUGCGUGUGUGUAUAAUAUUUAAAUUUCGUGGUGUCCCUGCAGGGAAGAGGGUUUGGGGUUUUUAGAGCACUGGACAGAUUUUGCGCUUGGGUACAAUUUUUGCGCUUGUGAGGGGCAAGCGCAGAACAGAGGAGCUAUGUAAUAUUGAUAAAAAUUCAAAAAAAGUACAAAUGACUCAUGAUAUUAAAUGUAUGCUUACUAAUGCAAGGAGCCUAUAUAACAAAAUGGGGGAACUAGAGGCAAUAGCAUACACUAAACAAUAUGAUAUAAUAGGCAUAACAGAAACAUGGUGGGAUGAGACACAUGACUGGGCAGUUAACUUAAAUGGGUACACGUUAUUUAGGAAGGAUAGGAAAAACAAGAAGGGUGGUGGGGUAUGUUUAUAUGUCAACCAUGAGUUAAAGCAAAAUCUUAGGCACGUGGAGUAUGACGAGGAAAAUGUGGAAGCUUUAUGGGUAAAAAUCUGCUUGGGGCAAACAAAGGGAAAUCAAUUAUUGGUUGGGAUAUGUUAUAAACCACCUAAUGUAAAUAUUAAUGUGGAAGAACAGCUGUUAGAGCAAAUUGGAAAUGCUGCAAAUCGGCGUAACACAUUAAUUAUUGGAGAUUUUAAUUACCCGGACAUAAAUUGGGAUAGAGGAACUAGUAUUUCAGCAAAGGGACUCAGGUUUUUGAAUGUGUUAAAUUACACCUUCAUAUCACAACUGGUACAAGCACCAACUAGAAAGGAUGCUUGUCUGGAUCUCAUCAUAACAAACAAUGUUGAUCUUUUGACCAACAUUCAAGUAGGGGGGAGCAUUUGGGAAAUAGUGAUCACAAUGUGGUAAUUUUUGAAAUAAACUCAAAAAAGCAAAAGCCUGUGGGGUAUACGAAAAUGUCUAAUUCUUAAAAAGCCAAUUUCAAUAAGAUUCGGACAGCUCUGCAACAGAUCGUCUGGCAUAAACUCCUUAUUGAAAAAAACACUGAGGAUAAAUGGAAAAUCUUCCAACAAAUAUUAGAAAGGAACAUUUCUCAGUAUCUACCACUGGGUAAUAAAUAUAAAAGCUUAGUAGAGAAGUAAAACAAGAGAAUAAGAAAAGGGCAUUUAAAUCAGAUAAAUCAGAGGCAUCCUAUGAUAAAUGGAAGCCAAUAAUACUUGCAAAAAGGCAAUUAAAGUGGCUAAACUAGAAAAUGCGAAAUUGAUUGCAAAAGAAUGCAAAAGCUAUGAGCCAGGAGGCUGUUCGUUUGUUAAUUCACUUUUAUGGCUUUUUCGAAAUUGACCGACCGCACACACUGAACUCAUGGAACUAUUUUGGGCAGGAGCCUCGUGUGCGGUCGGUGACUUAAGACUUCCACGCUUUUUGAGAACCCCUGAACCGUUCUGGGUGAAAUUUGAAUAUGUUGGUCUCUCAGAUCGGGGCUAUCAGGGGACAUGUCAUUUGUGGGGAUACCUUGUGUGUAAAGGGGUGUUCCAAGUUUUGGGGAAAUUGUGUGUCCUUUGCCUGGAGUUAUUCCUUAUCUCAUUAUCUCCCAGGCAGAGGAAGGGAGGGUUUUACUGUAAAUCUGUAUUAUGAUUGGUUGUCACUUUUUACUGUAGGAGGAUUUCAAUAAAAGCCAGUGUGGCACCAAUAAAACAUUAUUCCUGUUGUACCUUCAUGAAGUCUAGGCUCAUGCUUGGGUAACCUUUUAUUUGCUGGGGAGAUUUAUCUUGGAAAUUGCAUUAAUCUUUACUGUUCCUCUACACCCUAGCUGCAGCUAUAAUCACUUAUGCUCAGCAAUUGGAAAGGGAAUAGGCGAACUCCGUACCAUAACCACUGAUGUUCGUAACAUACAUCAAUUCUAGAAAAACUAAAAAUUAAAGUGUGGAAACUCUGGAAACAGAGAUGGGUCUGUUCAUUAAUGAAGACCAGGAAAAGGCAGAAAAAAAAAAAAAUGUUUCUUCAGUAUCUAUUGAGGAUCCUAUGGUAAGAGAUAUGCAAAUGAUAGCUGUAAAAAACAUGCAGAUAACUUGUGAUUGGAUAACUCGAGACAAGGUGCUACACCAGUUAAAGAAAAUUAAUGUAAAUAAUGCUCCGGGGUCUGACGGUAUUCACCCACGAGUACUUAAGGAGCUAAGUGGGGAAAUAAGUGAACCUCCUGUAUUUAAUCUUUCAAGAUUCUUUUGUUUCAGGUAUUGUACCGGAGGAUUGGAGGAAGGCAGAUGUUGUUCCUAUAUUUUAACCCCUUAAGGACACAACUUCAGAAAUAAAAGGGAAUCAUGACGGAAUAUUUCCGUUGUGUGUCCUUAAGGGGUUAAAAGGAUUCAAAAUCCUUGCCUGGAAAUUAUAGAUCUGUGAGCUUAACUUCUGUUACUGGGAAAAUAUUUGAAGGGAUAUUCAGAAAUUCAUUGGGAAGAACUUUAUUAGCAAUAAUCAGCAUGGUUUUACGAAACAUAGGUCAUGUCAAACUAACCUAAUUGCAUUCUACGAAGAAGUAAAUAGAAGUAUAGAUCAGGUUGUUGCAAUAGAUGUGAUCUACUUGGAUUUUGCCAAGGCAUUUUAUACGGUUCCUCACAAUAGGUUAAUUUUCAAACUAAAAGAAAUUGGUCUAGAUGAAUAUUCUUCUUCUUGGGUAGAACAUUGGCUUAACGAUAGAGAACGAGUUGUCAUUAAUGAUAAAUUUUCAAGCUGGACAAAAGUGGUAAGUGGUGUCCCUCGGUUUUGUUUUGGGACGGCUUCUAUUUAACAUGUUUAUAAAUGAUCUUGAAAUAGGCAUUAAAAAGCCAUGUUUCAGUGUUUGCAGAUGACACAAAACAUAAUAAAAUGUGAGCAGGAUAUUGCUUUGCUGCAGAGGGAUUUAUAUAGAUUUGGGGACUGGGCACGAAAAUGCCAGAUGAAAUUUAAUGUAGAGAAAUGCAAAGUUAUGCACUUCGAGGUCAAGAAUGCACAAGCAACUUACAUCCUAAAUGUAGGGGUAACCACACACGAGAAGGAUUUGUGAAUUGUUAUAGACAACAAAUUAGGCAGCAAUAUGCCAUGUCAAUCUGCAGUUGCUAAGGCCAGUAAGAUUUUGUCAUGUAUAAACAGGGGCAUAAAUUCUCGGGAUGAAAAUAUAAUUUUGCCUCUUUAUAAAUCGCUGGUAAAACCACACCUUGAAUAUGCUGUGCAAUUUUAGGCACUUGUUCUAAAGAAGGAUAUCAUGGCACUAGAAAAAGUGCAGAGACAAGUUACAAAAUUGAUAAAAGGAAUGGAGCAUUUUAGUUAAGAAAGGUAAAAAAAAAAUUAAAUCUCUUUAGUUGGGAGGGAAAAGGGCGCCUCAGAGGGGAUAUGAUAAUAUUACAAAUAUAUUCUGGGCCAGUACAAACCAUUAUCUGGAAAUCUAUUCAUAAACCGGGCUAUACAUAGGACACGAGGUCACACAUUUAGGCUGGAAGAAUAGAGAUUUAAUCUAAGGCAAAGAAAAGGGGUUUUUUUUUGUUUGUUUUUUUAAAGGUAAGAGAAAUAAGGAUAUGGAAUUAUCUGCCUGAAGAGGUGGUUUUAUCAGUCCAUACAGAUGUUUAAACAGAAACUGGAUAAAUACUUCCAAAAACAUAACAUACAGGGAUAUAAUUAGUGGGGUAGUAGCUGCUUCAUCCAAGGAGACUGCUAUUUUGGGGUCUAGAAGGAAUUUUUUCCUAGUUUGUUGCAAAAUUGGAAGUGCUACAGACUUUUUUUAUUUUUUUUUGCCUUCUUUGGGAUCAACAGCAAAAACAUGUGAGGAAGUGAACUUGAUGUUCACAAGCCUCUUUUUAGCUAUGUAACUAUGGUGUCUUGUAAGUUGUUUGCAGUACUUUCAUGCUGUGUGGACUUGUAGAUCAGCCUGUGGUUGGAAGUUCCCUGUUGUGUUUAUAAAACCAGAUGUGCAGGAUUGGGGGAUAUUGUAGAGCCCCGAGCUGCCUGAUGAUACCAGCCUCUAAAUGCCAACUCCUUGUAUGGAAGGGUCUUUUCCAGUAAACUCCCAACUCGAUUAUCUGAAGUGGUCUUUAAUGUUCCUAUAUCAGAAAUAAUUGUCUGGCUCAUUGAACAGCUGCAAACCCUAAAUAAGCAGGUCGUUCCAUACUGCAUGAAAUUUGAGGUGAUUAUAUAAUGAAAAGUGAACAAUUCAUAUUCUGUGGCAUUUUUAUUAACACACAUUGUUUUGCUUUUUGUCUUCAGUGGAAACCAGGUUCCAUUGCACGAACUCUCCAUUAACCGUCUGUCCAAUAUGCGGGGUCCUUAUUAUGGCGUCUACAAGGGACUCUACAACAGCAUGGGGCUUUCUCUUUACAGAGUGAGUUGCCGACCACAGGUGUUCUGUGGCUCGUUUGUGAUGGUGAACCUACAUUGUUGUCUUCUGGAGGUGGCCCUCUUUUAAUUCUUGCUUCCUCUUUCAAGGCCCCAGAGUGUCUUCUAAAUGUUGUAGCUGAUCUAAAGAAGAAUCUCUUUUUUAUGCACACUCAACUAGCCACCCGCAACAAAGCCAUUCAAAACUUGCAGCAACUUUCAAAUGACCGACAGAAUUCUGACUCUGAGGGUAAGCAAAUCGGAAAUACCAUUUUUGUGUGUGUCCUGGCUGGUAGCAGUGUUCAAAAUUAAGCCCUUGUUUCCAUGAUUUCAAUCAAGUAUCCCAGAAUUCCCAGCUUGAACUGAGCAGACCGGAAUCGUGUUUCAGACUUCAUACUGCUUCAUUUCUUGUACGAUCUCUUUAAAAUACUCUGAAUGUGCUUAGAAAUUAUUCUAUAAGAAGAUAUGUUGGUCAUAUUCUAAAUUACCAUUUAUGUAAACAAGAAAACAAGCCCUGAAGUUAACAAAAAAUGUUUGAGAAUAGCCUCACUCCUGGCCAUACCCCCAGUCACAUUCUAAAGUAAGAAAUGGCCCUCUUUGGCUAUUCGUCAUUGGAAGCUAUAGAAUGGCACACACAAUACAAUAAUUUCAGUGAAUUUCUGGGGGGAUUUAAAAAACAAAACAAAAAACCCCCCACAAAAUAACUUCCUUUUGUAUAAGGAAACCAUAUUGGUUUGUUGAAAUAACUAUAUAGAUAUAGAGGUGUGUAGAUCAUUUUGUGAAGUGUCUCCAGCUCUAAAAUAAAAUACUUCUAAAGUAAACACACUAUGCUGUAAGAUCUGAUUGAGAAUUAAACCAUGAGAGUCCCAGCCAAGGGAAAUAUCUAGGGCUACCUAAAUGGCAGAUAAUUAAGUAGUGAGACUGCAGGGGCAUGAUUUAUACACCAAAAUUGCUUGAUUAAGGGGACACUCCACAGCACUUUUUUAUUGGGAAUAUAUUUAAAAGUUUGUAAUGGCUGCAGCCUUUGCAAGCCAACCCCUUCUAACUCCACCCAGACUUUCUGUGGCUGUCCAAUCACAGACUUUGCAAUGCAGCUCAAUGAGAAGUCUUUGAAAGGCAGGUGCUCUGGGCAAUUGCUGCCUUUUGAGUUUAUCUCCACUGAGCUAACCAAACCAGGAAGUAACAGGACCUGUUGCCUGACAGCCAGGGGCAGUGGUGUAUCCUGGUUUUGUGCUGCCCUAGGCAGGACAAAACUCAGGCGCCCCCCUCCCCCCGCGCCACCCAACCCUUGCCCCCGCCCCACCUUCUAAAUACACACACACACAGACACAAACACACACACACACACAGUCAGACACACACACAAACACACACACACACACAGUCACACACACAGUCAGUCAGACACACACACAGUCAGACACACACACAGUCAGACACACACACAGUCAGUCAGACACACACACAGUCAGAGUCACACACACAGUCAGACACACACACAGUCAGACACACACACAGUCAGACACACACACACAGUCAGACACACACACAGUCAGACACACAGUCAGACACACACACAGUCAGACACACACACAGUCAGACACACACACAGUCAGACACACACACAGUCAGACACACACACACACACACACAGUCAGACACACACAGUCAGACACACACACAGUCAGACACACACACAGUCAGACACACACACAGUCAGACACACCAGUCAGACACACACACAGUCAGACACACACAGUCCGCACACACACACACACACACAGUCACACACACACACACACACACAGUCAGACACACACACACACACACACACAGUCAGACACACACACACAGUCAGACACACACACAGUCAGACACACAAUACACACACACACACAGUCAGACACACACACACAUUAACUUUUUUUUUAAAAUUUAAAUCCCCCCAACCUCCUUACCUUUGGGAGUGCUGGGGGGGAAGUCUAUCUCUACCUGGUGGUCCAGUGGCUGCCGGUCGGGCUGGAGCGGCUCUGUUGCUGGGCGGAGCGGCUGACGAGGGGAUUUUCCGAGCUGCUGCUAAGGCUGAGAGAGGCUGGGAGCCGGAAGAUGACGCCAUAUUCGCUCCCAGCCUCACUCAGGGCCAGGGAGCUGGGCACUCAGCCUGUGAAGUGCUCCUCACUUCAGCCUCAGUUCAGCCACUGAUGCGACUGUUACCUUGGCAGGGCAUGGCAUUUUUUUUGCCGCCCCCUGAAAAAUGCCGCCCAAGGCAAAUGCCUUGUCAGCCUUGCGGCUAAUACGUCCCUGGCCAGGGGGGUGUAACAAGCUUAAUUUAUAAAAGUGCCAUGUUAUAUUGAAAUCCAUUUUUAACCAUUUAAGGACACGACAUGUGUGACAUGUCAUGAUUCCCUUUUAUUCCAGAAGUUUGGUCCUUAAGGGGUUAAAAUGAAUAAAGAGGAAAUGCUUUUCUCACACACAGCAUUUCAGCAAGCUAAACUGCUUUAGGGGUCCAGAAUGUCUUUUUAAGCUAAAGUUGUUUGGUGCUUAUAGGUUUUAAAGAUUAGAGAUUGAAAAUUCCCCCCUGCCGAGUGAGCUCUCCAGGUUUGGAGUAGUAACCAAUUGAGGUCUGUCACAGUUUGAGAAAAUACAAUAUAGAUAAAAGGUACAUGCAAUAGUCUUCCAACAGAAGCAGUAACCUAGUAAAGGAACUGAUAAUGCUUUGUAUGUGCACCAGUUAGUAAACUCAGUCUGAGGAUUCGUAAUGUGCUACAGGAUGAGCCGCUAGUUCUCUUCCUUCAGCCGAUCAGGAACGAUAGGAACUACAUGGUGCACUCCCACGAAGAGAUGACACUCAGUCCUGGAAGCUCUUAGUCCUUACAAGGACUUUCCCCGCUGCAUCCCCCGCAAGCUGGAACAGCAGACACAGUUAGAUCUCCCUUCCCUCCAGUAACCAGAGGACACACAGUUCUGGAGGUUAAAACACUACUUGGUACACACAACUUUUAUGCACAGACCCCCACAUGGGGUCUCCAAUCAGUUCAACACAAUCCCAGGCAGGAGGGGGUUGGGUUACAGAUGGCAAUCUCCUGCUCUGGGAGAUACUAACAGUACACAGGGACACACAUUAAAACAUAUUCCACACAGGGGGGUAACCUACAUCACUAGAUGGCACCGGGUCCCAUCUGGGAUCCCUGCAAAAAGCAGGGCAAUUUGGAUAUACAGAACCCGAGAAAUCAUCAUCUAAAGUCUAGGGCUCGAGGCUCUGUAUAUUCCCGAAAUUAGUUCCACGAAGUUGCUUGCUUUAGUACGGCAAAUUCAAGCUUUAUGCCUAAACGAAGCAACAACCAAUCAGCUGAAAGGCGCAAAACCAGUUUGAUUGUGCUUGCCCUCUCCCAUUGGUCCACACAGACUUCCAUGUGGUCAUUGGGACUGCGGCCGUGAGGCCAACUUACAGUUCCAGAGAUUCCCUGCAGGGUGCCCAUCUGUGACAAACUCCUCCUUUCCAGUGAGUUUUCCACAAGUUCCUGGAGGAGACUGCUUGCCAGCCUCCUGCCCACAGACUAUGUACCCUGUGAAAAAUAAUGUAAAAGUCUCUGUCCGUGCAAUUGGGAUUAUAUAAUUUGGUUACCGAACAACCACUCGAACCGGAGACCACCCUGGAGCUUGUUAACCCUCAUUAACCACUUGGAAUGGUUCUCACCGCAGUGUUCUAAUUGUUCGUCUGGGUGGCUGCAGUUCCUAUGGACAACCACGAGGUGGCGGCCAUCUUGUUCGCAGGCAGCGGUGUUUGGGGAUGAAUCUUAUGGAACUAAAAUUGGACACACAAACUCCCGAACACCACUGGACUGCCAUCAUCGCCUGUAUACAACUUGGAAGGGCACUGUUCGGUGAAAUCAUUCAUCUGGAUGAGGGGAACAAGCUGCAGGGUAAGACUAUUGACUCUGUUCUGUAGUUUGCUCGUUUUAAAACCAAACUAGACCGACCGCGAGCCCUGAUUCUCUGCAACUGUUUUGGGCAUGGGACCAUGCCUACGGUCUGUCAAAUAAAUGACUUCCAGGAAAGUCCUGAACCGCUGAACUGAUCUGGGUGAUUUUUUUUGGAUAUGUUGGUCACCAUGACCAGGGCUAUCAGAGGAUGUUGGAUUUUAUGUAUUUUUGGGGUGUUUAUAAAACCUUGUGUUUUUUGUGCCUGGAGAUAGAGUCAGAUACUGUAGUAACUCCAUUAUCUCCCAGGCAGAGGCGAGGGAUUGUAUGCUUGAAUAUGGGAGUGUCAUGUUUUUAAACACCUUUGUCAUUGGUCUGUGACUUUGUGCUGCAGUCCCCCACAAGGUCCAGGGGGGAGUGCCUCUUGCAUGGGGACAUGCAUACAAGACCAGUUGUGGCUGCCAUUAAAGCGUUCCAGCUUGCACUCCAAAACGGUGUCAUCCUGUUAUUGGAGGGAUGGAAGAUUUAACCCAUGUGUCUGCUGUUCCAGCUUGCAGGGGAUUCAACGGGGAAAGUCCUUGUAAGGACUAGAGCUCCCAGGACUGUGUGUCGUCCAGGGCCUGGGGGUGUCUAGAGCGAAUUCCCCAUUCGGCUCCAGGAGGGAGCGGUUAGAGGGCCCCAGUCAAGCCACGGCGACUGAGGGCAAGAGUGCUGCAGUUUGUCCCCUGUUCCAGCUAGGAAGCAGUCCUUGGCGGAGAUACCCAGCCAGGGGUACAGGGAGCUCCGUUACAGCUACCCUCUCUCCGGUGGAUAUCCCCACGUAGGUAUCCACCGGAGAGAGCGCUUUCUUGGGCAGCCAUGAGCCUAGCCUCUAAGCUCCCGGGCAGGGGGAAACGGUGAUCAUAGCUCCGUUGGGAGCGGGUAGGACGGUCCCCGAUACGGGGACCUGAGACAGUGUGCGUAUGCCAAUUCAGGAUACAAAUGCUGCCCCUGAUUGGAAUCUGUUUAUACAAACCGGCGGCCACCUAGGGGAAGCACACGCCGCGUUUUCCCUUGCGGUUUUCACCUCUUGUUACAAGGUGUGAGUGUUCUAAAUAGAUAUCCUAAAUGAGGUGUCAGGGUGGUCCCCGUUCAGCAGCUGCACAGAACCAGUUUGUAUGGGUUCUCCCAAACACAUGAAUACAACACAAUUACAUAUAGAUACAUAGGGAAACAGAGUACAAGGGAAAAUCGUGAGUAUAAACAUUGGGAACACAAAAUACAAGGCCAAAACAUAUGAAUAUUCUGUGGGCAUGGUACUUAAUGGUGGUGUCCCGCCACACAUACCACUGGAAAAAUUGGCAGGAAUUAAACUGUGGAGCUUGAGAAUGAUCGUCAACAAAGACUUUUUAUUUAAUUCCUCCCCUAGCUCUACUGAAGAUGCUGGCUGAACACUACGGUCAGCAAACCAAUGAAUUGCUACCCAAACUCCAAUUCCUGAUCUAUCAGUGUCGAGAGAGCCAGGAAUACGGCAAAGACGUUCAAGCUGCAAUCACAGACUGGUGAGUGGGUUUUACAAUCUGUUCUUUCUAUUGAAUGAGGCGGUGCACACUUACUGUACGUAGGUCUCUGGAGGAGGCUGGAGACAAAUAGUGUAAGUUCAUGCAUAGGAAACAGAGUGCAAGUUAAUUUUAUUUGCUGAUUCCCCCAGCCAAUUUGAGCACUGCAGCUUCUCAAAGUUUUUAAUGUGGAAUUGGAGACCUCAAAAGUGUCUUUUAGAAUUUGAAUAGAUUUAUUAAAGUUGAUUAUUUAAUUGUGGAUUUUAAUCUCCAGUAACAGCUGGGGGGUGGGGGUGAAUCUCCAUUCUAGAAUAAAAAUCUGUUUUGUGCUGUUCCCCCGCCCCCUCCCCCUUGCAGUUUCAACUUUGCAUAUUUCUCAGAUGCUCUGAAGUUACUGAUUUUAAGUGAAUCCGUUCCUAAAUAUCACACUUCCACUAUAACUGGGUGCAGAUCCCCUUAUAAAAAUUCAUAUACCAGCUGCAGAAUGUCAUAAUACUAAAUUCUGCAAAAUAAAGGCUUUAGAAAAGGAAAUUGAAAUAUAUAAGCUUUAAGGAUUGGAACGCGAUCUUCUAAACCGUGGUACUGAGGGCAGCAUGCACACAUGGCAGUGGGGAAGGCCUUUCUAUUGGAAUUCUGACUCCUCUUUCUGAUUUUAUUUCCUUUUUGUAAGGUGGGAGCAGCCAGCUCAGCAAUGUCUGCCGUGGGAGCAGAGAGGGGGUCUGACUCUGCAGCAGUGGCGAGAUCGUUGGACCGUGGCAGUAACAGCACUGCAGAGGGCAUCAGGGGGCAGAAGUUGAGUGUUUUAAGCCAGGAUUGUUCCUGGGGCUAUAUAAACCUUGAGUUGUACAUGAAAACAUAUGGGGAGUUCUAAUGCCAUCUACAGGCUUAAACUGCAACAAAUGUAUAUAGAUGCAUGGAGUUUAUUUAAAUCCAGAUUAUAUUUUCUGAUCAUGGUCAUCAUAUUUCUUUGAACCAGAUCUAACCUGCCACAAGCUUGCUUAAACAGAAUGGUCAUUUCCAAUGAAUUGUAGGUCAAGUGAUUUUUAAAGGAUAUUCACAAUUCCUAGUGUUUUAUAAAGUAUUCUAUUUUGUUAAUCCCACAAGUCACUGUGCAUUAGUGAAGUCUGUAUUGUGUGCUCUGUAUAGUCCGGUUUCUUGUCUAACUGGUGAGGUUUGAGGUACUUUCCUCCCCAGCCUUCCUUGGGUUUGAUUAUUUUAACAUUUUGUAACAAAAACAGGACUGUGAUGUUUAAUUAGCUGAUUUUCUGCAUUUCUCCAGGUCUACUUAAAUGACAUGUAGACUCACAUGAACAAGGUUUAUACUAUGUACAAACAUGGUCAUGUCUUCACCGUAUAGAAAUAUGUAUAAAUCCCACAUCAAUAAAACCUUUUUUAAAAAAUUA